GCGUCACGUUGGCAACAUUGUGCGAUGUUAUUCGAAACGUCAAAUGCCAAGCUUGCCACUAUAGCUCUUCCGGUUUGGCUCUUUCUUUCCCGAUCAACACAUCAAGAUGGGUAUUAGCCGCGAUAGCUAUCAUAAGAGGCGAGCCACCGGUGGCAAGAAGGCCGCCAUCCGCAAGAAGAGGAAGUAUGAGUUAGGACGCCCGGCCGCCAACACCAAGAUUGGCUCAACCCGUGUCCACUUCGUGCGAACCCGCGGUGGAAACAGGAAAUUCCGUGCGCUCCGUCUGGAUUCAGGCAACUUUGCCUGGGGCUCGGAAGGUAUGGCUCGCAAGGCGCGUAUCGUCGAUGUCGUGUACAACGCAUCCAACAACGAGCUGAUCCGUACCAAGACGCUGGUAAAGAACGCGAUCAUCGUCAUCGAUGCCGCACCGUUCCGUCAGUGGUACGAAAGCCAUUACCUGCUGCCGUUGGGCAAGAAGCGCGAGCUGAAGGCCGGCGAAGAAGAUGUGUUGAACAAGAAGCGCAGCAAGAGCAACAUGCGGAAGUUCAUUAAGCGCCAGAAGACCGCCAAGAUCGAUCCUGCGGUGGAGGAACAGUUCAACGCUGGUCGUCUGCUCGCGUGUAUCGCUUCCCGCCCCGGACAAGUUGGCCGUGCCGAUGGUUACAUCCUGGAAGGCAAGGAGCUUGAAUUCUACCUUAAGAAGAUCAAGAACAAGAAAUCCAAGUAAGCAGCGACGGUGGCUAUUGUGGUGGUGUGUCAGUGUGAGUGUUGUGUUGGAGGAAAACGGGCGGGAAACGUUGGUGUGUUGCCGUGAAGGUUUUCCGGAUUGCAGAAAGGAAAAUCGAUCGGCAAGUGCUGCUGCGAUCCGUUCCUCGUCGUAGUUGUUAGCAUCAAAAAUGCCAACUGCAGAAGAGCAGCAAGACAAAGGACUAUGUGAAGUGUGCACCGAAAGGAGGAAUAAAACAACAUAAAACCACAA